CCCCCCGGCCCCGCGGGCCCCGGCUCGGCCGCGCAGCAUGCAGCAGCAGCACCCGCGGCGGCGGCGACGGCGGCGGCUCUGAGAUGGUGGACGCGGGCGGCUGCCCGGCCGGGGAGGGCUGGAGGAGGAUGGAGGCCGCGCCCGACGGCGCCGUGGACAUCGUGCCGCUGGACCGCUACGACCCGGCGCGGGCCAAGAUCGCCGCCAACCUGCAGUGGAUCUGCGCCAAGGCCUACGGCAUAGAUAACGUUCCCGAGGGCCUCCGGGACCCCUUCUACACCGACCAGUACGAGCAGGAGCACAUCAAGCCCCCGGUGGUCAAGCUCCUGCUGUCCGGCGAGCUGUACUGCCGCGUCUGCAGCCUCAUCCUGAGAGGGGACCAGGUGGCUGCCCUGCAGGGCCACCAGUCUGUCAUCCAGGCUCUGUCCCGGAAGGGGAUUUACGUGAUGGAGGGUGAUGACAGCCCCGUGACGGAGCCCGACCUCAGCCACGCGCCCAUAAAGAUGAGCGCCCACAUGGCCAUGGUGGACGCCCUCAUGAUGGCCUACACCGUGGAGAUGAUCAGCAUCGAGAAGGUGGUGGCCAGCGUCGAGCGCUUCUCCACCUUCAGCGCCUCCAAGGAGCUGCCCUACGACCUGGAGGACGCCAUGGUGUUCUGGGUCAACAAGGUCAAUCUUAAAAUGAGAGAGCUAACAGAGAAAGACGCUAAGCUAAAGCAGCAGGUACUGGAAAGCCCAGCUCACCAAAAGUCUCCCUCCAAGUGGUACUGGAAGUUAGUGCCCGUGCGCUACCGCCGAGAACACCUGUCCGCGAGGCAGCCGCCCCACUUCCCGCUGCUGGAGGACCUGAUGAGGGAUGGCAGUGACGGGGCCGCCCUCCUGGCUGUGGUCCACUACUACUGCCCGGAGCAGAUGAAGCUGGACGAUAUAUGCUUGAAGGAGGUGCCGUCGAUGGCCGACAGUCUGUACAACAUCCGGCUGCUGAGAGAGUUCUCCAACGAGUACCUCAACAGGUGCUUUUAUCUCACCCUGGAAGACGUGCUCUACGCGCCCCUGGUGCUGAAGCCAAACGUCAUGGUUUUUAUCGCUGAGCUCUUCUGGUGGUUUGAGAACGUCAAACCCGACUUCGUUCAGCCCAGGGACGUGCACGAGCUGAAAGACGCUAAAUCAGUGUCACACCAAAAAAGCAGUCGGCCUCCUGUUCCUAUCUCCAACGCCACCAAGCGCAGCUUCCUGGGCGGCCCUGCAGCAAGCCCGGCCGACCCGCAGCCCCCCGCCCAGCUGCAGGCGGAGGGCUGUCACCGGCACCCUCUCGAAGAGCCUGAGCACGUGGGGAGAGGGGCGUCUGCUUUCAGCCCGUCGCAUCCUCUGUUGCCCCUGAGACAGAAGCAGCAGAAGGCGAUGCAGGGAGAAGAGCCCCUGGACCCGCGGCACCGCUCCAAUUCCUUAACCCGCGCGGACGGGCAGCCCCGAGGUGCAGCCGUCGCCUGGACGGAAAAGAGAAGCAGGCCUGUGUCGCAGCCGGGGCCCUUCGCCCUCCAUCACGCCGCCAGCUGCGACGUGGACCCCGGCUCCAGCGACAGCGUCAGCCUGGCCCGCUCCAUCAGCAAGGACAGCCUGGCCUCCAACGUCGUGCAUCUGACGCCGCAGAACCAGCCGCAGCCCGCGGCCCCCAAGGCCGGCGGGAAAGGCCUCCUGAGCAGCGUCGACCUCGACGACGAGGACGAGGAGCUCCUGGCCAUCGUCAGGACGGACGCGGCUCCCCGGGGCGGCGACCCGCGCCUGCCGGCUGGGGCCAGGUCUCCGCAGGGGCUGGCGGAGCCCUUGGCAAGUAGGCCCGACAGUUUCUUCCUGGAGCCGCUGAUGCCGGCCGUGCUCAGGCCGGCCAAGGAGAAGCAGGCCGUCACCAAGGAGGACGAGUGCGGGGAGGGGCGGCCCAGGGCCUGCCCCCCGAGGCGGUCUGGAGAGGGCCCCCAGCCCCCGGGGCGCAAGCGGCCGUCCGGCACUCACGGCGGUCGCGACUGGAGCAGGACUUUCAGCCCCAUCUCCUGCUCCGAGCUCCCCGCCGGCUUCGAGCCCGUGCCCGCCGAGGCAGGGCCGCGGGCGGCGGGGGAGGCCCGAGGCGGGGCCCUGGCCGGCAGCGGGCUCGAGCCGUUCUCUCAGGGACAGCCUGCCGACGGCUUCUUCCUUCACGUGGCCAGAGCCGAGGAGGACGCGGAGGGCAGGUUCCGCGGGAGCUGCACGCGCAGCCCGGGCGCCCGCGGCCCGGAGCCCUGGGCCACCCUGCGGCAGGACUCGGACUCCGACGUCGCCGACCUGGAGGACGCCGAGCAGGACUUCGCCGGCGAGGACCAGCCCGCGGCGGCUGCCAGGUCCGGUGGCGGGGAGGAGGAGUCGGCCAAGCUGCAGGAGGACCUGAAGGUGAAGGAGCACGAGGACAAGGACGAUGCCAGCGGCCGCUCGAGCCCGUGCCUCAGCACUGUCUCCCAGGUGAGCAGCGUCUCCGCGGCCAGCGGGAGCGUGAAGAUGACCAGCUUCGCCGAGAGGAAGCUCCAGAGGCUCAACAGCUGCGAGACCCGGUCGAGCACCAGCAGCUCGCAGAAGACCACGCCCGACGCCUCGGAGAGCGGCCCGGCCCCGCUGACCACGUGGAAGCAGCGCCGGGAGCAGAGCCCGACCCGGCAGGGCAGGGACCACGCCAGCCUCCUGGCCUCGGAGCUGGUGCAGCUGCACAUGCAGCUGGAGGAGAAGCGCAGGGCCAUCGAGGCGCAGAAGAAGAAGAUGGAGGCGCUGUCGGCGCGGCAGCGCCUGAAGCUGGGCAAGGCGGCCUUCCUGCACGUGGUCAAGAAGGGGCGGCCCGACGCGGCCCCUCAGCCGCUGAAGGCCGAGGUCCUGGCGGGCACGUUCGCCCAGCACAACGGGGACGAGCUGGGCGGGUCCCGGGCCGGGGGCCUCCUGGGCAAGGAGCAGGGCCGGGAGGCGCUGCUGGGGUCUCCGGACCUGGACGCGGAGGGCCUGGCCCUCGUGCAGCUGCACCGGCUGAAGGACCCCGCCGGCCUCCCCGAGCUGGAGGGGAGCACGGCGCUCUCCGCGGCGCUCCUGGAGGCCGGCGCCGGCGAGGGGGCGGGCGCGGGCGAGUGCGGCCUGUCCCUCGAGCGGCUGAACGAGGCCAUCAGCGCGCUGCGGCAGGCUCUCCUCCGGGUCUCCCAGCAGCAGGAGCAGCUGCUCAGGUCCCCCACGGCGCCCACGCCGGGCCCCAGCGGCGGCUCCCAGGACCCCCAGGCCACGGCGGCCGUGGGCUCUGUCGAGCCCCUCUCCCCCACGGGCUUGGCCGGUCACCGCAAGCCCCCCCGGCUCGGGCAGGGGCGCAACUCCCGCGCGGGGAGGCCGGCCGAGCUGAAGGUGCCGAAGGAGCGACAGCAGGGCCCCUCCCGGAGCAAGACCCCCACGCCCGGCGUCGAGACCCUCCCGCACGCACGGGCCUGCGCCCCUCGGACGCCCUCGGACCUGGGCUGGGACGGUGCCGCCGACUUUGGGAGCGAGGCUCAGGAGAAGCGCUUCUUCGACAGCUACAGGCUCCACGCCGACAGCAACCGGCGGACGCUUGUCGCGUCCUCCUCCAAGGACACCAACAUCCUGUCGGAGCAGCUGGGCUUCAGGGAGGCCCUGGAGGGCGGGGGGAAGGAGGCGGGCCUCGGCGCCCUCGCCGCCCCGGAGAAGGAGGACGCGCCCCUGGACGAGCCCCCGAGGAGCAAGGCCAGCCUCAUCCAGGUGGACCUCUCGGACCUCAGGGCCCCCGACGAGGACGGGGAGGCGGAAGGCCGCGAGAACUCCGUGGACCUCGGCAGCGAAGGCGACCAGAAGCCGGGCGUCGGCUUCUUUUUCAAGGACGAGCAAAAAGCGGACGACGAGCUGGCCAAGAAGCGGGCGGCCUUCCUCCUGAAGCAGCAGCGCAAGGCGGAGGAGGCCCGCGUGCGGAGGCAGCAGCUGGAGGCGGAGGUCGAGCUCAAGAGAGACGAGGCCCGGCGCAAAGCGGAGGAGGACCGGAUCCGCAAGGAGGAGGAGAAGGCGCGGCGUGAGCUCAUUAAGCAGGAGUACCUGCGCCGGAAGCAGCAGCAGAUCCUGGAGGAGCAGGGCCUGGGGAAGCCCAAGGCCAGGCCCAAGAAGCCACGGCCCAAGUCCGUCCAUCGCGAGGAGCCGAGUGGCGACUCCGGACCCAAGAGCGCCUCCACCCCCGACAACCUGAGCCGGGCCCAGUCGGGCUCCAGCCUGUCCUUGGCCUCGGCCACGACCACGGAGCCCGAGAGCGUCCACUCGGGGGGCACGCCUUCCCAGCGCAGAGUUGAGUCACUGGAAGCCUUGCCCAUCUUGAGCCGCAACCCCAGCAGGAGCACGGACAGAGACUGGGAGACGGCGUCCGCGGCCUCCUCCCUCGCCUCGGUGGCCGAGUACACAGGUCCCAAGCUCUUUAAGGAGCCCAGCAGCAAAUCAAACAAACCGAUUAUUCAUAACGCCAUCUCCCAUUGCUGUCUGGCUGGAAAAGUGAAUGAACCCCACAAGAAUUCAAUACUGGAGGAGCUGGAGAAGUGUGACGCCAAUCACUACAUCAUACUGUUUCGCGACGCUGGCUGCCAGUUCAGGGCACUUUACUGCUACUAUCCCGACACUGAGGAAAUCUACAAACUGACGGGCACGGGGCCAAAGAGCAUCACCAAGAAGAUGAUCGACAAGCUGUACAAGUACAGCUCCGACCGGAAACAGUUCAACCUGAUCCCGGCCAAAACCAUGUCCGUCAGUGUGGACGCACUCACCAUCCACAGCCACUUGUGGCAGCCCAAGCGGCCCGCGGUGCCAAAGAAGACCCAGACUCGUAAAUGACCCCGGUGCGGGCAGGAGCGAGGACAUGCCGGCCGAUCGAUAUUUAUUAUGUUCAUCCUUUUGGGUACGAAGUGUGCAGAAUCACAGACCUUUUUCAAAGAGGCUUCUGGACCCGAGGAAACCCUCCCUCAGCUCCCCGCACGCAGGGUGGCAGUGGAGCCGGAGCGAGGAGCCGGCUCCGUAUCCCGUGGCUCGUGGCCGCCCUGGUCACUGCGCUCAGGGGGGCUCCCGGAGGAGGGAACGCGGGUGCAGGAGCUCCAGCGGCGGCUCCUUUUACUUGAAGUUCUCCUUGAGUGUAGAUUACAAGCGAGUUGCUUUCCUUUCUCGUCUCUCGCCUGCCCCCCUUUGCACAUGACCUGCCACCCCUCUUGCUGGCCAGCUGUGAUCUCGUGAGUUAGGGACGGAGAGUCGGUCUCAGGGCAGGUGUUUGAAUGCCUCUGAGAGAGAGAUUCGUACGGGACCUUUUUCAUUUGGGAACUUGUAUUGAUUGAUUGAUUGUGUCUACUGCCAAUGUUUAUAUCCAGUUCCAAGGUUUCUGAAGAAGAAUUCUUGUUCCUUGCUGCUCAGAAAAAGUUUACCGAAAAUACCAGUUCACUAAAAGCACUGAAAUCUGCCAAGUCUGUCUUCUGCUAAGUACCGUUUACACGUACAGCGGGCCCUUGCCGCCACGUGGCCGUGGGACGUGGAUGCUACGCUUGCCAGCCCUGGCCUCGUUGAACUCAGGCAAGUCGAGCAGGUGGCGGCCUCGUGACGUUUUGGGCACAGCGCUCCAAUGAGGUGUUCACUUUAAUAAAGACAGAUUUUGGUAAAGUAGAGUAUUUUUCACUCUGAGCAUGUUUCUCUUAAAAGGUGAUGCACUUAAGCUGACGGUUCUCAUAGUGUUUUCAUCACUGUCCCGGCCCGAUUCUCGCUUUGGAAGAGCAGCGCGCCCUCAGAGGGGCGUGCAGGUCUCAGCCCAGCUUGCGGGUUUUGUUUUGUCGCUUAAUUCAAUUCAGUGGUGAUUUGCAGCCUCUCGGAACUGUCCCCCAAGGAAGCAGGCUGUCCUGGGUUCUCUCUGUGCUGGUCCCAGCGGUCACCGGUGCCUCCCUGGACCAGAUGGUCCCUGGGGCAGGUAGGUCCCCACCUGGCCUCUGCCGACACCUGUGCACCCGACCGGCUGCUCCGACCGCCGGAAGGUUCUGGAGUCACUUAUGUUAGUUUUGCACAUGCUUUUUGGGGAGUGUUACUUGAAUCUUUCUCAAACCGCGGGAAAAAACAGAAGGAUCAAUAGGAGAAGUCAGACCAGAAGACUGUCGGUGGUUUUAGGUGAAAAGGGGAGCGCACCUGCACGCGAGGACGCAGAGGCCCCCCCACCCCUGCCCUGCCCCGGCCCCUCGGCGAUUUCGGCCGGAGCGGGCCCUGUGUCCGGCAGCCCUGCCUCCGCGGGCGGUGGGAGGCUGUGCGGCUCCUCCCGCUGCGUGUGCACCGGCCCUGGGGCUUCCCCUUCCCGUGCUGUCCACGCGUGUGCUUUGCUUCCCCCUGUACGUUUGAUAUUAUAUGAUUAUAUUUAUUUUAAGAAGACACUGAAAUGUAAUAAAUUAACUAAUUUCCUUUUAUGGUCACGUG